AUACGAUAAUGUGACACUGACACAUGACACUGACAGAACUAUUUCGUUCAGAAACAUUUUGGGUGCUGUGUGGUCUUAUGGGCCGUCACUGCGAAUCACAGAAAUAUAAUUUCAUACACAACCUCAACCAUCUCGCAAUUCUUGCAUCCGUUUUUACAAAAGUCACGCUGGACCGAAAACCGACAAUCUAUCCCUUCGACAAAUAUAUUCUGAAGGAGUCAAAACGGCAUAACAAAGAAGUGAAACAAAGACUCCUGCACGAGGGUUCCGGUAAUAUGGGAGAUAUGAUCAGCAAGUGGUGGUGGGGCGGGGACCCUGACGAAAGGGACGAACUAUCUGGGAUGUCCCGAAGAGAUAUAUACAAUGUACAGAAGUCCUGGACGCCCAUUUAUGCUAAUGCUACUGGCAACGGAUUCCUCGUGUUUAAGAGGCUAUUCGAGGCAGACCCUAUAUCGAAAACUUUCUUCAAGAAUAUAGCACGAUCAUCAGAAGCCGAAAUGGCUUCCAACAUGUAUUUCAGAGCACAUUUAAUCAACAUAAUGGCGUCACUCAACACGUCAAUACAGAACUUGGACAAACCUGAAAUGGUUAAACUAUUGAUGCACAAACUUGGAGACGCGCAUCGGAGGUUAAAAAUUGAAAAGAGACAGUUUUGGGUUUUCAAAGAUGUCCUGAUGAACAUCCUUAAGAACGACCUCAAAUUAUCAGAUGCUGUCGUAGUAUCAUGGGACAGAUACAUCACCUUUAUAUACGAUCAUAUACUACCGAGACUGGAAUCGUAAAAAUCUGUGAUAGAUUUCAUACAAGCAAUUGUAUAAUGUAUUUUUGACAAGUGUAUUCUUCUGCGCAAGGGAAAGUUUGUUACGAGUAGCUUGAAUGUAAUAUUCUUCUUCAUCCCUAUUUUUGAAAAUACAAUACGGCUUUUUAUUAUUUUAGACCUUAUUGAAUAUUGAUGUAAU